GCCCGUCCGGCCUCGCCAUCCUGCGUUGCUCGUUACCGGGUUGUCGGCCUCUGCACCAUCGCAUCCAUUCCCAUCCUGGCCGCGCCCGCUAUCACUCGAACAGCAAGAACAGCAGCAGAUCACCAAAAGCCAAUAUUAGACGCCCUCGAGCUCGCCGACCCGUGCGACGGCCCCAAGGCUCUACGCGGCCCCGGCUAAUCCAGUGUUUCAACCCGACACCCUAUAUAUCCACUCUUCAGCCGUCUUAGAUACGGCCCCUCUCGUCAUGGUCGACUACGUCCCAUACACCACCGCCAACAUGCCUCACGACUUUGAGCUUUACUCCCACCAGGAGCAACAGCUCGACUUCAUGCCUACCUCACAACCAUUCCACCCCUCCACAUCAUAUUCCAUGGAUCCCACUUUCAAUGGUGCUUUUGAGCCCCAGGACCUCCAGUUUCACUACGAUGGCAUUGCCCAGGGCGUCAAGGCAACCUUCCAACAAUACACAAGUCCCAUGGCAUCCCCUCACUCGAUAUCGAAUUCGUUCCAGGAGCAGCCACCAGUGCUUUCGGCCUCGUCAGAGUCUGGCGCUUCAGUGUCAUCCUCCGCCAUGGGCUCCCCGUCACAGUUCAACGAGCCCUGGAAUCCACUCUCGGCGGGCCUUGGGUUCGCUCAGGGUUUCGAGUACCCCGGCAUGGCAGACGCCGUCAAGGUCCCGGGCUGUGUGGGUGAGUCAAACAGCAUCUCUUCAAAGUCCGCGUCGUCUUCUCUUCAAUCUUGUCCAACGCCCACGUCGGAUCCUUGGCACCCAAAUGUAUUUAGAUCGCUUGCUACUCCUGCUUCGGCAAGAUGGUCGGGGUCGAGGUCGAGCGCAUUUGCAGGCCGUCGAAAUUCUCUACUGUCGAAUGAAGUACACCCUGGCGACAUCGUCGAUACUAGCUUAGAUUCUCCUUUCAUUCCAACGUCUCCUUUCUCGCAGUCUCCUCAAAGUCAGCCGAGUUCCCUUGCCAAAACUGAAUCGUCUUGUUGGUUCUCCUUUGAUACUCCCAGUCUCGCACACUCCCGCAGACCAGGAGCAAACGCUGACCGUGAAGCAGACCCUAGUCUCACCCAGUUUGGGAACCCUCUGGCCUUCAUGCCCCCUUCGCCAUACCCAGAGAUCAGGACUACCCAGUCCCCUUACUUCGGCGUGAUUGAGCAUCCGCCGUCGCCUGCCUUGUCCAACAUCUCCUCUCACAGCCGGCGCCCUGGAUCGAACAACUUGAAGCGAGGCUCAGCGUCCCCCUUCCUCAACGACCGUUUCCAGCCAUAUCCAGCGUACAACGGCCAGAGGCGGCAAUCAAACGCCUCACUGCACUCUCAUCACUCGGGUACCAGCCGGAAGAGCGCAAGCAGCUACGAGCUUGACGAGGAGACGCGCGAGAAGGGCCUGUGCCCGCUGCCAGAAUGCGGCCGCGUCUUCAAAGACUUGAAGGCGCACAUGCUCACACAUCAGAACGAGAGGCCAGAGAAGUGCCCAAUCACCACUUGCGAGUACCAUCUCAAGGGAUUCGCAAGGAAGUACGACAAGAACCGACACACACUCACCCACUACAAGGGUACCAUGGUGUGUGGUUUCUGCCCGGGCUCUGGUUCAGCGGCUGAGAAGUCGUUCAACCGCGCCGACGUCUUCAAGCGCCACCUCACUUCGGUGCACGGCGUAGAGCAGAACCCGCCCAACAGCAGGAAGAAGUCGCCCACUGGCCGCAAGCCGUACUCGGGUUCGCAACAAGAGAUGGCUGGUACUUGCUCUACUUGCUCCAUUACAUUUGCCAACGCGCAAGAGUUCUACGAGCACUUGGACGACUGUGUUCUGCGCGUCGUUCAGCAAGCCGACCCCAGCGAGGCUAUCAACCAACGUCUGUUGACAUCGGUCGCCGAAGACAAGAACGUCUCGGAAACGCUCGACCGCAACGGCCUAUCGAAUAGCAUCGAGUACACCGUCCCCAACUACGACGAGGAAGAGGAGGAGGAUGAGGAUGAGGUCGACGUCGACGAUGCAAGCGACGACACUUACGGUGCACGUCGCUCGCGGUCGGGCAAAGGCUCCAUCAAGAACAAGUCGCAUUGACAACUAACACACCCCCGAGGUGUCACAUCGCACGUCGGGGGUGGUAACCCCUCCAAAGUUACGAAGGCCUCUGGUGCGAGGGGCCCUCGGGCCGG